AUGUCUAAUAAUCAUAGUAAUAAUAAAUGUAUUUAUCAUAAUGAUAAACAAUUAGAGUUGAUAUGUUUUGAAUGUAAUCUACUGUUCUGUACGAAAUGCGUAGCAAAACAUAGUGGUCAUUCUCUAGAUAAUAUUGAAUCUGUUAUCAAUAAUAUCGAUAAGGAUAUCAAGAGCGAUACCGAUAAGAAUAAGAAUAACAAUAACAAUAGUGGUGGUGGUGGUUGUGGUAAAGAUAGGCUUUACAAUGUAAAUAAUAUUAAAACGAUGAUCGGUGAGCUAUGGGAGAUGGUCAAGAGCAAAUCAGAGAUGUAUCAAACAUUGGCUACAACAGAGAGCGACAUUUCAUCGUGUUUUAGCGAUCUACAUCAAUAUCUAAUGGUUGAAGAACAUCGAUUAAAGAAACUGGUCAUUGAAAACAAAGAGAUUCUAGAGCAUCAAAUAGAGAUAAACAUCGAUCAAUUGAAAUCAUUAAAUAUAUUAUUAGAGAAUACAAAAUCAUUUUGUAAUAAUAAUAAUAAUAAUAAAAACAAAGAUAAAGAUAAUGAUAGUGAUAAAGAUAACGAAAAUGACAAUAACAAUGACAAUCAAAAUAAAGAUAAUGAUAAAGAUACAACUGAUAGAUAUCAAAUUAAUCAUCUAAUUACAUCGAUUCAACAAUCUCUAAAAGUAGAUGAUUUCUUUGCUGCAAAUAAUGAUACAAUAUUCUUUGUAGACGAUAAGCAAUCUUUUAAUGAUGAUUGUUCAUUGUUAAAUCAAUUUCUACAACAUAGUAAUAAGUUUAAAGAUUACAAAUUUGACAAAAGUAGUAAUAAUAAUAAUAGUGAUGAUAAUAAUAAACAAGAUGAAAUACAAAUAUAUUCACUAAGAGUAAAAAGAGAAGCGAUCGAUAGUAUAAAGAGUGUUUUAAAGUCAUCGUUGGUAUUACAAGUGCAUGUCAAGAGACCGGUGGACGAAACAAACAAACGAUAUAUAUUCUCAACGGAUCACACCAAGAAUGUUAAUAGGGUUGCGCUGAUCGAUAUCACCAGUGCUCAAACCACACAGUACACCAUUGAAUACCUGAAGGACGUCGAGAUGGAAGAUUGGUGGUCGUUCAACUCUGCCGUGCGAGUCGGUGACUACGUCUAUCGUUUUGGUGGUGGAUUCGUUCGUUCCAACCGUUACCAGCGAUUCUCGCUGUUGACCAGAUCGUUCGACCUCGACGAGCCGAUGGGCGACGCCGAGACCAGUUCGUACGUCUCGGUUUGCUACGACGGACACGAUCAUAUCUACUUGCUCGACGGUAGCUUCAGAGAUAGCACUCAGGUAACGCGAUACACUGUCAGCACCAAGCAAUUCGAGAAGUGCACGGUGAUUCCAAACACGCAGUUCCACCACUUUUCGUUUUAUUACAACGGAUUGAUCUACUCGGUCAUACCCAAUCAGAAGCUGGUGAUGACGAUCGAUCCGACCACCAACUUUCAAGUAUGGAGACACACGUUGAAUGUCGCUCCCUACUUCUCAAAGAAUCAUGCAUACUGCACCGAUGGCAAAGGUGGACUCUACAUGUUGUCAGACUUGCAAUUCUUCUAUGUAAAUCUGGUGACCAAGCAAACGAGAAAACUCCAAGCAUGUACCAUUCGCGAGAAACAAAAUAUAUUUAAUAAGCUAGCCGGUAACAAAACCAAUGUCAGUGCAAACAACCAACUGCUCUACAGUGAAGGCAGUAACGGUGUACUUAUCUAUCUACUUCAAGGAAUGGAGAAUAACUAUGUCUAUUCAGUCAGAAACGAUACUUGGAUAUCAAUUCUAAACGAUGACAAAUCAAAUAGAGAAUAUUGUGCAUCUGUAAUGUUAUAA